CAGAAGAAGAGAGAGCAGAGCUGGUGGUGGGCAGAGGGAGGCAGCGGAGCACCGGGCAGGAGUGACUGGGAUGACAGAGCUGCCCAGAUAAACUCUUCUGUGGUCUGCAUCCUCCUGCUACCACUGUGUGGGCUGGACUGGAAUUCUCCCCCUCAGCGAGUGGCAAAGCUGCAGGCCCUUCCUCAAAAAGGUCCCUGCAGUGUGACAGGAAGAUGCCAGGGGGAUUGAACAUCUCUUCUGACAGCCCAGAGCUACGAGCAGCAGGGAUUAUUGUGCCCAUCAUCUUCUCCCUCAUCUUCCUUGUGGGUACUGUGGGAAAUGGACUGGUGCUGGCUGUGCUGCUGUGGAAUGGCCAAGUCAAGUACUCCACCACCAACCUCUUCAUCCUCAACCUGGCUGUGGCUGACCUGUGCUUCAUCAUCUGCUGUGUCCCUUUCCAGGCCACUAUUUACACCCUGGAUGGGUGGCUCUUUGGGGCCUUUGCCUGCAAGGCUGUGCAUUUCCUGAUCUACCUCACCAUGUAUGCUAGCAGCUUUACCCUGGCUGCCGUCUCUGUUGACAGGUACUUGGCUAUUCGCUAUCCACUCAAGUCCCGGGAUCUCCGCACAUCCCGAAAUGCGGGAGUGGCCAUUGUGGUAAUCUGGUCACUGUCACUGCUCUUCGCAGGGCCUUACCUCAGUUACUACCAGAUAAUCCAUUACCAUGGCGUGCCCAUCUGUGUCCCCAUCUGGGAGGACCAGCGCCGAAAGGUUCUGGACAUCCUCACGUUUGUAUUUGGAUACCUGCUGCCUGUGACCGUGGUGAGCCUGGCAUACUCUAGGACCAUCAAGUUCUUGUGGACUUCUGUAGACCCCAUAGAAAGAAUCUCAGAGUCUCGGAAAGCCAAACGUAAAGUCACCAAGAUGAUUGUCACAGUGGCCAUCCUGUUCUGCCUCUGCUGGCUGCCCCACCACCUGGUCAUCCUCUGCUUCUGGUUUGGCCACUUUCCUUUCAACCGGGCCACUUAUGCUUUCCGCCUGGCUUCCCACUGCCUUUCCUACACCAACUCCUGCCUCAACCCCAUUGUCUAUGCUCUCAUCUCCAAGCAUUUCCGCAAGCGUUUCAAGCAGGCCUUCACCUGCUUUUUCUUCCAGAACAAGAUCAGGAAAAAGAAGAAGAAGAGGGUUGGAAGGAAAGUCCAUAUGGUCAAUGUAGAAAGAGGUUUUCCCAACAGGACAGGAGAUUUCUAUGGAGGCAACAGUGAGGUGACCCAAGCCCCAGAAGAGAACACCAGGAAGAGGGACCAUGAAGGUGCCAAUCGUGCCAGAGCAUGGACUCAGCAGGUACAAGGUGCCAUGGUCUCUGUUCAGAAGGAGCUACUGGAGGAGGAAGUUUUGACAACAGCUGGCCAUUCCCUAGAUGUGACCCCUCUAAGAGGAACUGUUGGACAAGACCAAGAAGAAGCCCUAGAAAAGGGCUAGAGAGGCAAGAAAGAAGUCUAUAUUUGCAUCACAUUUUCUGGCCACAUCACAGUGGUUUUGCUUUCUUUCAGGAUCAUGCCCAUGCCUUAUCCCCACUGAGAUGGUUUCAUGUUGGCAGAGAGAGAUGAGCUCGUUCAUUCAGAUCCAUUAAACUGAGUUCAAGUCCCUCAGAACUCCUCAAACACCUCCUCCAUGAUCCUGUAGUUAUGUCUGAGACCUGCCAUCAUCCCAGCUCAAUAUUCACAGUAAACUUUAAGCAAUUGCAACAGCCAUCCUUUUCUUUAAUUACAUAUGGUGUUUUAUUAGUGCUGUGUGGAUCCUGAAUAUGUAACCUUUAAUGUGAGGCAGAUCUGCACCUGUAAUUUCU